AUGGGGAUAGACGCCGCCCGACUCCAACUGGCUCCAAUGCCACUCAAGAGUUUCUCUAGAGAGACAGUUCAACUGAUUGAGACCAUCAUGCUAUCUGUCUUAACGGGCACUGCUCCCUACACAACCUCUACCAUGGUAUACUUCUUGGUGGUGAAGGCCCAAUUGUCCUACAAAGCCAUAAUCGGUCUGCUAACCCUCAACAGCCUGAAGGCAAUCACCUCCACCUACCACCUAAAAAUGGAGUUCCCAACCUCUCAGGGGGUAAGGGAGAGCAAGGGAGAACAGGUCCUAGCACGAGAGUGCUACAUGCAGGAGCUGAAGCCUAGAGCUAGCGGGGUAAACCCAGCAUGCCCCCCAGCCCUUCGAGAAGGUAAAGCCUUGUACGAAGAGGGCGGCGAAGGAAGUUAG